AUGUACGCAAGGAAAGAAAUUGGUACAGUCAUAGGGGGGAGAUACGAGAUCAAAGAAGUGAUCACUCACCGGGACCGCGAGGUGAGCGUCUACGUUGCCACAGACAUCGAAACCCAGGAAGAGGUCGCUCUCAAACUCAACACCGCGUUCGACAGAGUCCGACGCGAAACGAAGUUCUACGACUAUUCAAUACGAGACCUGGAGGGGUUUCCGAGCAAGAGGUGGUGCAAGAUAUGGUCUUGGGAGCGCGAAUACCAUGGUUACGGCGCUAUUGCCCUCGACCGUCUGGGACCGUCUUUGGAUACUCUCAUCAACGAGGUCGAAGAAAGCAAGUUUAGCCUCAAGACGACUCUUCAAAUCAUGAAUCAAGUCAUCACCCGCAUUCAGGCUUUACAUGAACGUCACAUUGUCCACCGUGGUAUCAGACCGGACAACUUCUGCAUUGGCCUUAGAGGAAGCAAGACAGAGAAUAAGGUGUAUUUGAUCGACUUUGACCUCUCUAAAAAGUACAUCAUGGACGGAGUCCACAUACAGGACUAUGGGGACAACGUGGGCAACCAAGAUUGGACGUCGUUGGCCAUUGCCGAAGGAUACGAGCCUGUGAGGCGAGAUGAUAUGGAAUCCGCUGGUUUCCUGGCUAUCUACCUCCUCAAGGGCAAAUUGCCCUGGUUAUGUGAAUACAGAUCAAGCUCAGUAAUGCGUGGCAAAGCGAUCACUGCUCUGCAAGAGCUGUGCAAAGACCUCCCAGAGGAGAUUAUCACAUACAUUAUUUACUGUCGAUCACUUCAAUUUGCCCAAGAGCCCGAUUAUGGCUAUUGCCGCGAGCUUUUCCGCCAAGUGUUCGAGAGGGAAGGGUACAAAGAUGAUGGGCUGUGUGAUUGGAGUACACCUCAGCUUGUCGCCGAGUCCGAGAGCAUGGAAAUCGCACAUGGCUCCGAUGAUGAUCUCGCCAGCAGAAAUCACUCCGAGGAGGACGGCUCCGCUACCCCGUUCGAUGGCGAUACUGUUGAUGGGCAGACUCUUGUUACUGAGACGACCGAGGCAUGUUCUGCUGAAUAUCUUAAUCUGCGAACCCGCCAGGUUCUCAGACUUAUGAAAAGGAUACCGUAG